CCUUCCCCACCAUUUAAAACCCCCUCUCUAUUUUUCCACUUUUCUUCCAAAUAAAUCUUCAAUAGCUUCUUUCACUGUCACUAUUCUCUCUCUGUUGUUUGAUACUUCUGACUCUGUUCCCAUAUAUACAGAACUACUUGCCGUCGCUUUCUUCCCAACCCCCAAAACACACACACACACACACACAGAGUCGAGCAGUUUUUAUCACUCUGUUUUUGCUGACUUUGUUCAGGAAAACCCUUUUUGUUUUUACCAAUGCAAAGACGAAUUUCGCCUUCACCGGCGGUGACCCAACCCCGAUACGGGUUUCACCGGAAUCAGCCUAUGCGUUACCGGUUCGGCCGGCCACCGGAAAAACCGAUACAAAAACCGCCCAAUUUCAUAGUCCAACUCUGUUCAACUCACAGCACUCUCAACAGGCCACAACUAAACUCUCUAAUUUCAAAAUUACCAUUCACUCCUCAAAACUCCUUUGUGUUUUCCUCCGGUUUUGUCGUCGGAACCCUACUGUACGAGCAGUGGAAUCAAGCGUUAGACGUGACGGUUGAAUUAUGGAAGCUAAAGUUAAAAAGUGAGCAUUUUUAUAUCCCGUUUGUUAAAGAAAAUAUUGAGGUUUCAUCUGAUAAAGAAGAAUUGAAUAAUAGUUUAAAGGGUAUUUUUUUAGACCAUUUGUAUGGGAUUCUUGAUGGGGUUUUAGUGCAAAAAUGGGAGCAAAAGUUGGGGUUUUUAAUGAAUGAAAUUGAUGGGGUUUCGAGUUUGUUAAGGAAACACAAUAAGAUUGGAGUUUAUAGUGAGUUGUGUAAGAAAAGGAAGGGUCUUGAAGCUGAGAGGGAUUUGAUUAAAUUAAGGAUUGAUGAGUUUAAGAAUGGGAUUAAAUGUAUUAUUCAAUAUUUAGAGGAGGAGGAAAAGGGCUUUGUUGAGAAUGAGGAGGGAUUUAGGGUGUUAAAAUUUGGCCGGGAAGAAUUUGAUUGGGAUAGAAUUCAUUGUUUGAUGAUGAGAGAAUGUAGAAGGCUUGAUGAUGGCUUACCUAUUUUUGCUUUCAGGCAGCAGAUUCUUAAGCAAAUUCAUUGCCAACAGGUGACGGUUUUGGUUGGAGAGACUGGAUCGGGAAAGAGUACACAAUUAGUGCAGUUCCUUGCUGAUUCAGGAAUAGCUGGAAAUGGUUUUAUGAUUUGCACUCAGCCUCGGAAACUUGCUGCCAAUUCUUUAGCAAGGAGGGUUAGAGAGGAAAGCCAGGGGUGUUAUGAUGAUAAUUCAGUUACCUGCAAUCCAUCAUAUUCGUCUUGUCAACAGUUUGAUUCAAAGAUAAUUUUUAUGACAGAUCACUGCCUACUGCAGCACUAUAUGGGUGACAAGAAUUUGUCCAAGAUUUCAUGCAUCAUAGUCGAUGAGGCACAUGAAAGAAGCCUAAACACUGAUCUUCUUUUAGCAUUGAUAAAGAACCUACUUCAUCAGAGGUUUGAUCUGAGGCUUAUUAUUAUGUCUGCCACUGUUAAUGCAGACCAGCUUGCAGAUUACUUCUUUGGUUGUGGAACUAUCCAUGUGGCGGGUAGAACUUUUCCGGUUGAUAUUAAGUAUGUUCCCUGUGAAUCUGAUGUCCAUCCUGCUGUAGGUGCAAUUGCCCCUUAUGUCCACGAUGUUAUCAAGAUGGUGACCGAGAUACAUAGAAUGGAGAGAGAGGGAGCUAUUCUAGCCUUCUUGACAUCUCAGAGUGAAGUUGAGUGGGCUUGUGACAAGUUUCAAGCACCUCUGGCCAUUGUUUUACCUUUACAUGGCAAAUUAUCUUAUGAUGACCAAAACCGAGUGUUUCUCUCCUAUCCAGGGAGGAGAAAGGUAAUAUUCACCACAAAUCUUGCCGAGACAUCACUGACAAUUCCCGGUGUCAAAUAUGUUGUUGAUUCUGGUGUGGUUAAAGAAAGCAGGUUUGAACCUGGCACCGGCAUGAAUGUUCUCAGGAUAUGCAGCGUGAGCCAAAGUUCCGCUAACCAGAGAGCUGGUCGUGCGGGGAGAACUGAACCUGGAAAGUGUUACAGGCUGUACUCUCAAAGUGAUUUUGAGGGAAUGCCUUGUCAUCAGGAACCUGAAAUUCGCAAAGUUCAUCUUGGUGUUGCAGUGCUGAGGAUUCUUGCAUUAGGUAUCAAGAAUGUGCAGGAUUUUGAUUUUGUUGAUGCACCUAGCCCCAAAGCUAUCGAGAUGGCCACCCGAAAUCUGGUUCAACUAGGAGCUGUUACACAAAGAGAUGAUGAUACAUAUGUAUUAACUGCAGAAGGACGAAAACUGGUCAAGUUGGGUAUUGAACCUAGGUUGGGCAAAAUGAUCCUCGGUUGCUUUGAUCAACGUAUGGGUAGAGAAGGUGUUGUGCUUGCUGCUGUCAUGGCAAAUUCCAGCAGCAUUUUCUGUAGGGUUGGUUCCGAGGGAGACAAGCUAAAAUCUGAUCGCCUUAAGGUGCAAUUUUGCCAUCCAAAUGGUGACCUCUUUACUUUAUUAUCUGUUUACAGGGAAUGGGAGGCUGUGCCUAGGGAAAAGAAGAAUAGCUGGUGUUGGGAUAAUAGUAUCAAUGCUAAAUCCAUGAAGAGAUGCCAGGAGACUGUGCAGGAACUGGAAGCCUGUCUUCAAAACGAACUAAAUAUGAUCAUUGCUAGUUACUGGCAAUGGGAUCCUCAAGUUCAUACCAAGCAUGAUGAAGUUUUGCAGAGUAUAAUUCUUUCUUCCCUUGCGGAAAAUGUUGCUAUGUACUCAGGUUAUGAUCAGCUUGGUUAUGAGGUUGCACUAACUGGGAAGUGUGUCCAGCUACAUCCUGCCUGUUCGCUUCAGAAUUUUGCCCAACGGCCACGUUGGGUAGUUUUCGGGGAAGUCCUUGCAGCAACUUAUGAAUAUCUGGUCUGUGUUACUUCAUUUGAGUUCAGUUCUCUUCAUAGCCUCAAUCCCGCUCCUUUGUUUGAUUUUCUGAAGAUGGAUGCCCAAAAGCUAGAAAAGAAGGUUUUGACAGGCUUCGGAGUCAUGCUACUCAAAAGAUUUUGUGGAAAAUCUAACUGUAACAUUAAUAAUCUUGUCACGAGCAUCAGAACUACUAAUGUGGAUGACAGGAUAGGCAUUCAAGUCAAUGUUGAUGACAAUGAGGUUCUUUUAUAUGCUUCUUCAAGACACAUGAAGAGUGUUACCUGCUGUGUAAGUGAUGCCCUAGAGUAUGAAAGUAAGUUGUUGCAGAACGAAUGUUUAGAGAAAUGCCUAUUCAGUGGAGGUUCGGCAGCUUCAGCCUCUAUUGCCCUCUUUGGAGCUGGUGCUAUGAUAAAGCAUUUGGAGCUUGAGAAGAGAUGUUUGACUGUGGACAUAUUUCAUUCAAAUGGAAAUGCGAUUGAUGAUAAAGAACUGCUGAUGUUUCUGGAGAGAUCCACGUCUGGUAGUAUUUGUGCGGUGUAUAAGUCCUCUGGGAUGGGCCAGGACAGCGAGGAGAACAAGUGGGGCAGGGUGACAUUUCUUACCCCUGAUGCUGCAAAACAAGCUGCAUUCUUAGAUCAAGUGGAAUUCAAUGGUGGCUUUCUGAAAGUAGUUCCGUCUAGGAGCAGCAUGCAUGGCAGUGAUCAAAAGAUGUUCCGGUCAGCUCUCAGAGCUAAAGUCCAAUGGCCUCGUAAAUACAGUAGAGGAGUAGCCUUUUUAAAAUGCGACCCAAGUAAUGUUGCAUUUAUGAUAAAUGACUUCUCUGACCUGAUGAUUGGUGAAAGAAUUAUCCGUUGUGAGCCAAGCAAUAAGUAUCCUGACAACUUGGUCAUUUCUGGAAUUGAUAAGGAGAUUUCUGAGGCAGAGUUACUCGAGGUGUUGAGGGCAUCAACAAAUAGGAGAAUUCUGGAUUUGUUCUUGGUGAGAGGAACUGCUGUAGGAGAUCCUCCAGUAGCUACUUGUGAAGAAGCACUUAGGAAAGUAAUAUCUCCCUUCAUGCCUAAUAGGAUUCCAUAUGUUAACUCUGUUCGCGUCCAGGUCUUCCAGCCGGAACCAAAGGAUGCUUACACAAGAGCAACUAUCACUUUUGACGGAAGUCUUCAUCUUGAAGCAGCCAAGGCUUUGGAGCAAAUUGAUGGCAAGGUAUUGCCCGGAUGCCUUUCCUGGCAGAAAAUAAGAUGUCAGCAACUGUUUCACAGCUCUGUUUCCUGUCCUGCGCCAGUUUAUCAUGUUAUUAGGAACCAGCUGGAUUCCUUACUUGCUAGCCUCCGACGAAGAAACGGCGUGGAAUGCAACCUCGUGAGAAAUGAUAACGGUUCCUAUAGAGUUAAGAUAUCUGCCAUUGCUACAAAAGUUGUGGCAGAGAUGCGAAGGCCAUUGGAGCAACUUAUGAAAGGCAAGAUUGUAGAUCACGUGGACAUUACUCCAACAGUUGUUCAACUUCUCUUCUCUCGUGAAGGAACUAACAUUGUGAACAGGAUUCAGCGGGAGACAGGAACCUAUAUUCUUUUUGACAAGCAUAACCUACUUGUACGAAUCUUUGGCUCUUCAGAUAAUGUUGAUAGGGCGCAGCAGAGAUUAAUAGAUUCCCUUCUGGAGCUACAUGAAAGCAAGCAACUUGAAGUUCAUCUUCGUGGACAACAUUUGCCUCCUGACCUGAUGAAAAGAGUUGUUCAGACGUUUGGACCAGAUCUUAAUGGCCUUAAAGAAAAGGUGCCUGGGGCAGAAUUCUCUCUGAACACAAAACGCCAUUGCAUCUGCAUCAAUGGUAGUAAAGACUUGAAGCAAAAAGUUGAGGACUUAAUCUUUGAAAUUUCUCAAAGAAGCGGUCUACCAACUCAAACUACGGGGGAUGAGGCUGACUGUCCUGUUUGCUUGUGUGAACUGGAGGAUCCUUAUAGACUUGAAGCUUGUGCUCAUUUAUUCUGUCGGUCAUGCUUGCUAGAGCAAUGUGAGUCUGCAAUCAAAAGCCGGGAAGGUUUCCCCGUCUGCUGUAUGCGUCAAGGUUGUAGGGAACCCAUUUUGCUUGCUGAUUUGAAGUCGCUAUUGUCGAGUGACAAGUUGGAGGAACUUUUCAGGGCUUCAUUGGGGGCUUUUGUGGCAGCCAAUGGGGGUACCUACCGCUUUUGCCCCUCACCCGACUGCCCUUCAGUUUAUCGUGUUGCGGAUCCUGGUAUGGAUGGUGAACCUUUUGUGUGUGGUGCAUGCUUUGUGGAGACGUGUACUAGAUGCCACCUCGAGUAUCAUCCAUACCUUUCAUGUGAGAUGUACCAGGAGUUUAAAAAUGACCCCGAUUCCUCUCUAAAGGAAUGGUCCAAGGGAAAAGAGAAUGUCAAGAAAUGUCCAGUUUGCAGCUUUACAAUUGAGAAGAUAGACGGCUGCAAUCAUAUCGAAUGUAGGUGCGGGAAACAUGUUUGCUGGGUUUGUUUGGAGUUCUUCGACAGCAGUGAGAAUUGCUAUGGCCAUCUGAGGAAUAUUCACCUGUCCAUUACGUGAUAACUAGGGUACCAUAGUUUAUGAAGCAUUCAUGUAAAUCUUUGCCUGUCUAUGUAACCCAGAGCUUUUUAUGUAAAUAUAUAUAUCUAUGUUUAUGUAGUAAACCCCCUCUUGUGAGACGGUACUAUUUGCUCCUAUAUGUAUACAAACACCCACAUGCAUAUAUUUGUGUGUUCAGAACCUUUAAUGUUGCCUGUGAAAAGUUAAAUGGCGUUAUUA